UCAACCGUCCGGGCGCGAACGGAACCAGCUAACUACCGGCGGCGCCAGCGGCCGUAACACAAACUUAACCCGCGAGUCCGGUAGCUUCCUCCGGUUAGCUGCUGGCGGCCGCCGGCGGCGGAGCGUGAGAGCCGCUCCGCACCUCCGUCCUCCGCCGCUGCCGCACACCGCGACGCAGCGCUGAAAGUUCCCGCCGCCGCGGCUGCUGCUCCGGCCCUCCGCGUCCGCGUCUCCGCCCGCUUCGCGCGGCAGCCUCACCCGGGCUGCAGCUCCAGGACAGCGGGGGCUCUCUCAUGGUCCCCCCGUUCAGCAGAUGAACCCCCUCAACUCCAUGAAACCCUCCCUGCCUCCCACUCCACAGAGCGCUGACGGAACCUUCAUAAAUGAGCCAGUCUCCUGGCAACCAGGCACCAAUCAGCACGCAGGAUCUCUGUCUGUAGUGACCACAGUGUGGGGCGUGACCAAUCCCACGCAGAGCCAGGUGUUCGGUGCACCCAUGGGCCCUGGCGAGAGCUCCGGCGGUCACAUGAUGCCCGGCGGCAGCCCCGGGAUGGGUGGCGCCAUGGGCUCCCAGUUCAUGGGGCAGCAGUCGUACGGAGACGCCGUGUCUAAAGGGUACGGCCAGCCGGUCAUGUAUGGACGCCCCGGCGCGGCGUACAACCCUGGGUCCGCGUACGGAGGAAGUUACUCCGGAAAUGGCGGAGGUGCCGGUCUGGGCGUGCGGCCAGCCUCGGAUUUCACCCAGGCUGCGGCCGCCGCUGUUGCCGCUGCCGCCGCUACGGCAACCGCCACCGCCACGGCGACUGUUGCAGCGAUCCAGGAAAAGCAAAACCAGGAACUGAGCUACGGCCAGAUGGGCGGGGCAUCCUCUUACAGCACCCAGUUCCUGUCUCAUUCGGGCCCCCGUGGCCCCCCAGGGAUGAACCCCGGCGGGAUGGUUCCCUCCAGACCCGGACAGCCGCCUCCCUCUGGGGGCCUGUAUCAGUCUCACCCCGCCCAGGCCCAGAGGAUGCCUCUGUACGGGGGCUACACGGGGGGGCAGCAGGGCCUGAAGCGCCCCUUCCACUCAGAGGGUUUUCCGGGGCAGCAGUACGGUUCCGGGGGGAUGUCCGGGUACCCCAGCCAGCCUCUGCAGUACCCCACCGGUCCACAGCAGCGAUGCGCCCCCUCACCCUCCUACCCCUCCAGCCGGAUGCCCCACAUGGGGCAGUACUCCUCUGGGUCGCACAACCCAGCGCAGUUCCCCCCCAGCGCCGGCCAGCCCAACCCUCCCCCCCAGUAUUAUAAGUCGGAGCCUUUCAACGGUCAGAGCGGCCUGCCGCCGGGAGGGACGGGGGGCUACAACGCCUUCACCCAGGCAGCGGUGAACGGGCCCGCUCGAGGCGGCGGCGUGAUGCCCGGGUACCCCACCUCGCCGAUGGGAGGGAACCCCACCCCUCCCAUGACGCCCGGAAGCUCCAUACCUCCCUACCUCUCUCCAGGCCAGGACACCAAACCGCCAUACCUCCCACCUGACACCAAACCCAACAUCAUCGCCCAGCCGCCCCCUACAGGUAACCCCAGCGACGACCUGCGCCUGACGUUCCCCGUCCGAGACGGCGUCGUGUUGGAGCCGUUCAGAUUGGAGCACAACCUGGCCGUCAGUAACCACGCCUUCCAGCUCCGAGACCCGGUCUACAAAACCCUGAUGAUGAGGCCGGACCUGGAGCUGCAGUUCAAGUGUUACCACCACGAGGACCGACAGAUGAACACCAACUGGCCUGCCUCGGUGCAGGUCAGUGUCAACGCCACGCCGCUGUCCAUCGAAAGAGGCGACAACAAAACCUCCCACAAGCCCUUGUACCUGAAGCAGGUGUGCCAGCCGGGCCGCAACACGGUGCAGAUCACAGUGACGGCCUGCUGCUGCUCCCACCUGUUCGUGCUGCAGCUGGUGCACCGGCCGUCCGUCAGGUCCGUCCUGCAGGGCCUGAUGAAGAAGAGGCUGCUGCCGGCCGAGCACUGCAUCACCAAGAUCAAGAGGAACUUCAGCAGCGGCACCAUUCCCGGGACGCCGGGCCUGAACGGGGAGGACGGCGUGGAGCAGACGGCCAUCAAAGUGUCCCUGAAGUGUCCGAUCACCUUCAGGCGAAUCCAGCUGCCGGCGCGGGGCCACGACUGCAGACACAUACAGUGUUUCGACCUGGAGUCGUACCUGCAGCUGAACUGCGAGAGGGGGACCUGGAGGUGUCCGGUGUGCAAUAAAACGGCGCUGCUGGAGGGGCUGGAGGUGGACCAGUACAUGCUGGGGAUUCUGGUCUACAUCCAGAACUCCGAGUACGAGGAGAUCACCAUCGACCCGGUGUGCGGCUGGAGGCCGGUUCCGGUCAAACCGGACCUGCACAUAAAGGAGGAACCCGACGGUCCGGUCCUGAAGCGCUGCCGCACCGUCAGUCCGAGUCACAUGGUUCUGCCCAACGUGAUGGAGAUGAUCGCGGCGCUCGGCCCGGCGGCGUCGCCGUACCACAGUCUGACAGCAGGGGGCAGAAACAGCCCCGACUACGGCCGGCCAGGGAGUCAGGGGUUUUCCAGUCAGUCCGGAUUCACAGACUUCCCUAACACUCCUGGAACUCCGACACUCGGGGAGUACGGCCCCUCCGGACCCCCCCCUCCGCUCCCGUACCAGCCCGACCAGACUCCUCACUCUGGACGGAUGGACGGCGUCCUCCCGCAGCACGCCGCUGGCGUCCACGGCAGCCAGAACCUCGGCGACACCGGGAGCCCGCUGCCCCAGAGGACCGCCAACACCCAGAAUCCCCGGCUGCAGGGGGAGGGCUCCUUCGGUCUGGGCGCUCCGGGAGGGGAAGGGGCGGAUCACGCUUUAGAUCUCCUCCCUGAACUCACCAACCCGGAUGAGCUGCUGUCCUACCUGGGCCCCCCCGACCUCCCCAACAACAGCAGCGACGACCUGCUGGCGCUCUUCGAGACCAACUGAAGCUGCCGCCGCUCUGUGUGUGCGUGAGUGACGGUGUUGUCGUGUGUCAUUCCUUCCUCUGAAGCCGGACUCCGCCCACGCCGCCUGCAGACGCUUGCAGUGGCUGGACGCUCCACUGCGGAGGUUCGACGAGGAGGAAGCGGAACUUCUCAAACCAUUUCUGCUGCGAGAGGCGGGGCUCCCCCUGCUGGACAGUCAUUGUACAGUCGAGUCCAGAACCGACCGUCUAGCACAAAAACACUAAACUCCAGUGAGAUUUUGAUAAAAAAAAAGAUGCACAGAAACAGCCGAACACGUCUUCAGCUUCAGAGGCCGACUCGCACUUUCAAGCUUCAGAACAAAAUUGACAAACACGGAAACAUGAAAAACUGUCACAUGAUGCCCCAGACUGUCACCAUAGCAACUCCACAAAUGGGAAAUAAAAGGAUCCAGUUUUUUACAUCCAGAUCUGAUGAUGAGAAGUUUAGUUUUCACGUUUUUAAACACUAGAUCCCACCAGUGGUUCCCAACCAGCCCAGAACAUGGACCGGUUUAAUGUUUAAUGUCCAGUUUCCUUUAACUUUUGAAGGUGAACUUUACGUUCAUCCUCUAAAAUAUCUGCUUCAAACUUGGUUGGUCAAAUGUGAUCUAGAUUUCCUCCUAACUGUCAAAGUUAAAAAAAUCAGACGCCAGCUUCAGCCUCAUCUGAAUUUUAUGGUGCGAUGGAUUAUUUUAAAAAAAGGUCUCUAAUACAGGUAUUUUCAAAAUAAAAUCACAAACGUUUGCCGUUUGAACGACUUUAUUAGCAACAUCCUCGUAACAUUGGACAGCUGGUUGCUGAAUGUUCUUCAUCAUUAUUAUGGUCUGUGGGAACAACGACAUGCGGAGUAAACACUUCUGGUUUUUGUCUGUUAAAUGCAGCUUUCUUUUAUUUUGAAGGCUCUUCCUCUUUCCUACCAAAAUAAACUCUCCAAAUAGUUUAGUUUUUGUUUACUUUGCUAUGUUUAUAUUUGGCGCUGUAAGAAAGGAGUGGAUGGAUUUUUAACAGAAGUGACUUGAUGUGCGUCAGAUGUGGUAGGGCGAAUUUUCAAAAUAAAACUUCCUGUCCUGGGGGUUGGGAACCACUGGUUCACAAAACCACACACCUGUUCCUUCAGUCUAGACGCAGCUCGUCAGAAAAGACAUCCUUUGUUCUGCAACAUUGGAUGACACACUGCAUUGUUGUUAAGGUGGUAUUUUUCUUUUUAUGAU